ACCAUAAAUUUAAAUUAUACAUGAACCGUAAUUUAAAUUGUCUAUGAAAGAAGCGUGCAAACACGACGAAAUAGACAAAGAGGGGUCCCUAUAGAGUUUGGUUUGUGAUCUUUUUCCAAAGUUACAUACACAUUAGCUCAUUAAGUAUCUCAUACCAUCCCUUUCAAUUCAAAGACUUCAAUUCUCUCGCAUUUGCGCAAUCACGCCAUCUUACCCUCUGAUCUUAAUCAGACGAUUAGUAUUCCAACUUUACAUAUCAAGUCCAAAAUACAAUGUUAGAAUAUGAGACGUCAAAUCAAGAUCAGACGGUCUAUAACUUUAUAUCCACCCGAGCUUAAAUAUUUUGCUACAUGCGAUUCAUACAUAACAUAAGUACCCUUUUAUUUCCAAAGUCUUUAUCUUGUAUGUAAUCAACUCAAAAAUACACAUUCUCAUUAUUUUCUUCUUAGUCUCUUAUUCAUCUCUUUCGAUAUCACUCUCGGCUAUGAAGAAGCUUUGUCCCAACCUUUAUCAUGAAGAUGGGCUUGAAACAGUGCUUGAAGUUCCAAUCCCAGAAGAGAUUUUUACCAACAAGAGUGGAACAACAUGGAAGAACAUGAAGCAAUGGAUGAAACCAAACAAUGAAUCAAGAUCAUCAUCACGUUUCGAAGAUCCAAACACAAACAUUCAACUAUUGCUUGGUGUUGUUGGAGCACCAUUGAUUCCUUUCCCUAUAACUUCUGAAUACAAACCCAUCAUCACUAAGAACAUCAAAGGUCAUAACAUUGAGGCUGCAAUGGCAAAAUAUAUAGUGAAACAAUACAUGGCAGCUGUGGGAGGAGAGAGUGUUUUGAAUAAUGUUGAAAGUAUGUAUGCAAUGGGUGAGGUGAGAAUAGGGACCUCAGAGUUUGAGGCAGGGGAAGGGGGUAUAAAUAGCAAGAAAAUGGUGAAGAAAGUGAAGAAGAUGGAAAUGAAAGAAGAAAUGGGAGGUUUUGUUUUGUGGCAAAAGAAACCAGAAUUGUGGUGUUUGGAAUUGGUGGUUUCUGGGUACAAAAUUAGUGCAGGGAGUGAUGGAAAAGUGGCUUGGAGGCAAACACCUUGGCAUCAUUCUCAUGCUUCAAGAGGCCCACCUAGACCACUUAGACGUUUACUUCAGGGUCUUGAUCCAAGGUCUACAGCCAAUCUCUUCAACAACUCAGCAUGCAUAGGAGAAAAAACAGCAAACAAUGAAGAAUGUUUCAUUCUAAAACUAGAAACAGAUUCAACUUCAUUACAAACAAGAAGCAGUAGCAACAUAGAGAUAAUUGGUCACACAAUAUUAGGUUACUUCAGCCAAAAAACAGGACUUUUAGUCCAAUUAGAAGACACUCACUUAAUCAAACUCAAAUCUUCAGAAACUGAAUCCAUAUUUUGGGAAACAAACACAGAAUCACUCAUACAAGAUUAUAGAAUAGUAGAUGGUAUUCAAAUAGCACAUUGUGGUAAAACUUUGGUUACUUUAUCAAGAUAUGGUGAAGGACCUGAGAAUCAUUCAAGGACAAGAAUAAAUGAAGUUUGGAAAAUUGAAGAAGUUGAUUUUAAUGUUAAAGGGUUGUCUUUGGAAUGUUUUUUAGCUCCUAGUGAUUUGAAGAAAGAUGAAGAAAAAGGAUUGGUUCCUAUGAGCAAUGCUAAGUUACCUUAUAAAAUUUGUUCUUCUUCCUUUAAGAUUAGUGCUUCAAAAGUAGCUGCUAUUAAUGUGGAUGAUUCAUGUGUUAGUGAAAGUAUUUAAGAUAUGUAAAUUUAUGAAUUUUCAACUUUGUAAUACCUCAUUACCUCUGGUUUUGUUGGUUUGGU